UCCAAUGACGUCACGGGGCCACUUUCCGGCCGGUGGCAGAGUCGGGCUGAAGUUGUGGGGGUCGGGGGCGCCAUGGGGGCCACUGGCGACGCCGAGCAGCCGCGGGGACCUGGCGGGGCAGAGCGGGGCGGCCCCGAGCUGGGAGACGCGGGCGCAGCGGGGCAGCUGGUUCUCACGAACCCUUGGAACAUAAUGAUAAAGCACCGGCAGGUGCAGCGAAGGGGCCGCCGCUCACAGAUGACGACAAGGUAAGGCUCGCUGUGGGUGGGACUUACCUCCCAGGCACUGAAUAUGGAUAUUCUAAAAAGUAAAAACCAGAAGUCACUAAAACUCAUCUCCCAGAGAUACCAAACUGUUAACAGUGACUACAUAUUCUUCCAGAAGGCAGCACUGAAUGUGCGAGACAACAUCGGGGAAGAAGUGGAUGCAGAGCAGCUGAUCCAGGAGGCCUGUCGGAGCUGCCUGGAGCAGGCUAAACUACUGUUUUCAGAUGGAGAAAAAGUAAUACCCAGAUUGACUCAUGAGCUUCCAGGGAUAAAGCGUGGCCGGCAGACAGAGGAGGAAUGUGCCCAUCGAGGAAGCCCCAUUCCCAAAAAGAGGAAGGGACGGCCUCCUGGACACGUCCUGUCAAAUGACCGGGGAGCCGCCGGCAUGGUAUGGAAACCAAAAUCCUGUGAACCAAUUCGCCGAGAAGGCCCUAAGUGGGACCCAGCUCGGCUGAAUGAAUCUACCACCUUUGUGUUGGGAUCUCGAGCCAACAAGGCCCUGGGAAUGGGGGGCACCAGAGGGAGAAUCUACAUUAAGCACCCGCACCUCUUUAAGUAUGCAGCUGACCCCCAGGACAAGCACUGGCUGGCUGAGCAGCAUCACAUGCGGGCAACAGGGGGGAAGAUGGCCUACCUCCUCAUUGAGGAGGACAUCCGGGACCUCGCUGCCAGCGAUGACUACAGAGGAUGUUUGGACCUAAAGUUAGAGGAGCUGAAAUCCUUUGUCCUACCCUCCUGGAUGGUUGAGAAGAUGCGAAAGUACAUGGAGACACUACGGACAGAGAAUGAGCAUCGUGCUGUUGAAGCACCUCCACAGACCUGAAGCCAUGUCCCCUGGCUACAUUUGGCAGCCUUCCUCUGAAGCCCUCUUACCCACGUGGCUGAGGCCACCACUGGGAUGGAUCUCAGCAGCAUUAAGCUGUGCCUGGGCUAGUUUGUAGUGACUCACUGCAGAGCGCUCCCAGACUGGCAUGUAGUUCUACGUUUGUAAAGUUAUUGGGAUAGGAAGCAAUUAAAGAGUUUGUAAUAAACACAGAUGGUGAG